GUUUCGGGCGGCGGUGUUCAGAUGCCAUCCUCUCAGCACCAGUCCGGUGCUAGCACCCCUGCACCAGCAUUUGCGGGUGUGCCACCGCUAAACUCGCAGCCACCACAAUCGGGCGGAAUGAUGCCCCCACCACCUCAAAUGCCCUCGGCUCAGCAGUCCCAACAGCAACAGUCAUUCUCGACCAGUUCAACGCCCACUCCAAAUCUGUCCUACCAACCAUCCGGUGGUGCCUAUCAUCCAGCAGGAAUGAUGUCGGCUCCACCGCAAGGUGCAGCUGCACCUCCACUCGGCGCUCCACCGAUAAUGCCUUCCUUCCCGGUCGGAGGAGCACCACCCGGCGGUCCCGCAGGUGCCGGAGGAACUCCAAAUCCGUUCAUGAGACAACACUACGCUCGUCCACCAUUUCCAAACGCUUUCCAGCAGUAA